AUGCCCCAGGCCUUUGACAAGUGCAAGGAGCGGCCGGCGCACAUUGAGGAAAUCCUCAACGGCCUGAACAGAUACAACCCCGAGACGACGACCACAUUUCAAGAAUAUGUCACUCUACAGUGCGAGGAGAAGUUCUUCGAUGCAUAUGCGUCUCUGGCGCUGCUAAAAUUGUACCAAUUCAACCCACAACUCAUCCACCCAGAAACCGUAACCAACAUCCUGGUCAAAGCCUUGACGGUCUUUCCCUCGCCCGCAUUUUCUCUAGCUCUUGCUCUCCUACCUCCUUCCACCAUACCUUACCAACAAGGAAACACUUCGGUACCCACGACAGAUUUCACCGAGUCGAUACAAAAGCUCACAGGAUUAAACACACUGCUUGAGUCCGCACAAUAUGACGCCUUCUGGUCGACAUUGGAAUCCGAUGAUCUAUACGCAGAUCUUUACGCCGACGUGGCAGGAUUCGAAGAUCUAGUUCGGAUACGGAUUGCAGGAGAAGUGGGCAAAACAUUCCGACGUAUUGAUCUGGGGAUUCUGAGUGGCUGGCUCGAUUUGCGCGGUGAUACCCUGACGAAGUUCGCCCAAACUGCCUGCGGAUGGGCUGUCAAUGGAGAGGAUGUCGAAAUUCCAGCGAAUGCCGAGAACGUGGCAAAGAGCGAGGUCAAGGGUGAAAGAGUGGGCGUAGAUAUGUUUGGGCGGGUCUUUAGAAGAGGCUACGAAGCACCAGCAUGA